GCAAGCACCAUAAGCGAUUAUGGAUCUGGCGAUGACCUGCUCGGCGGGGACGAGGCAGGCGCAACCCUGGAACACGCAACCACCCAGGCACAGGUUAUCAACACCUCGCCUCAAGUCCCACUGAAGCAUCUAAAUCGAGAACCCUCCAAAUCCUUACCCUCAACCAGCAUCGCAACCACCAUGCUUGCCCGGUCGCUUCUCGCCAGGUCCCGGCGCCUUUCGCGGCCUGCCUUCCGCCAGCGGAAUGCCGGCACCAGGCUGCUAUAUGCCACACCGAGCCGCAUGAAGAUCAAGUUCGAGGAUGACGACGACUCCACGCCAUGCCCUCGUAAAACCGAGCUGGCGCAAAAGAUCCUCCGCCAGACAUUUGGCCGCAAUGCCUUUCGCCUGGAGCAGGAAGCAGCCAUUUCCACCAUCCUUCAUGGCAGGAAUGCCAUGGUUGUAAUGCCUACGGGAGGAGGCAAAAGUUUGUGCUAUCAGGUCCCAGCAAUCGCUUUCGAAAAGCUGGAUCUCGCCAGUGAUGCCGGUAGGCCCAGUGGUCAUGGCAUUACCGUCGUCGUUUCUCCCCUCCUUGCUCUGAUGAGAGACCAGGUCAACAUACUCAAGCGCAAGGGCGUUGCUGCUGAGAGCAUGGACUCCACCAAAACUUGGGAGCAACAGCAGGAGAUCGGAGCCAAGAUGCGGGACGGGACUCUGCGUCUCCUGUACUGCGCCUCUGAGCGAUUCAGCAAGAGAUUCAUAGAGAACCUAAAGCAAGUCGCCGGUGGGGUCCGGCUUGUCGCCGUCGAUGAGGCCCACUGCAUCUCCGAAUGGGGUCACCAGUUCAGACCGGACUAUCUAAAGGUCGCCCGGUUCGUCCAGGAGGUCAAGGCCGAGCGGACCAUCUGCCUUACGGCCACGGCCACGACCAACGUCAUUGACGAUAUUUGCAAGGCUUUCCACAUUGCUAAAACUGAUAUCUUCUGCACUACACCCUAUCGCUCCAACUUACGACUUCUUGCGAAAGCCGUGGAGCGCGCAGAGGAUAAGCUGAAGGAACACAAGGGCCCAACGCUGAUAUACGUUACAGGCCGGGAGCAAACGGUGGCCCUGGUGAAGAAGCUAGUCAAGGCUGGGCUGCGCGCUCUCCCGUUCCAUUCAGGCAUGCAAAACAAAGACAAGGAAGCCAACCAAGACAAGUUCAUGGCUGACGAGGUCGAUAUCAUUGUCGCCACGAUCGCGUUCGGCAUGGGAAUCGACAAGCCCAACAUCCGAAAUGUGGUAAACUACGGCAUCCCUGGCUCAAUCGAAGAGUACAGCCAACAGAUUGGCCGCGCGGGUCGGGAUGGAAAGCCCAGCACCUGCAUCUUCUACCUCUGCCCCAGAGACUUGGGCGAUCGCGAGGUGCUCGCCUAUGGCGACAGCUUAACGCGGAAAACAGUAGUCUCGGUGCUAGGAAAUAUCUUCGACGACGAUGUCACGGCUCUUCCUCUGGAUGGUGUUUUCAAACGCAACCAUUUUGCCCAGGCAAAAGAAUAACGUGUUCCAUCAGUGAGUGGCGCACAUCAGCGAGUGGCGCACCCACACCCGACCCUUGGUCAAUCGACGCGCACGCCAACCCAACAACGCCUGGAAUCCAUUCAAACUAUUCGGAACUGUAUACAUCAGACAUUUCUACUUCCUCC